AUGGCUCGAAUCAUAGAUCGUAUGGGCUAUGAUUCCAUACUGGAUAAGCUGCCCGAUGCGACUAACGCCAGGUUUGACGCGUUCGACGAUCGAGACGCAGUGGAAUGUCUCCAAGGCACUCGGACCGAGCUCCUCCAGCAGAUAAAGGGGUGGGCAAUGUUGCCGUCCCAAAAAAGCAUUUUCUGGUUAAAUGGAAUGGCUGGGACAGGAAAAUCCACAAUAUCUCGGACUGUGGCCAGGUCGCUCAAGGACACUAAUCAUCUAGGUGCUAGCUUCUUCUUCAAGAGGGGUGAAGGGGACCGAGGAAACGCGAAGAAGUUCUUCCCUACAUUAAUAAGGCAACUAAUGCUGAGGAUCUCUGAGUUAAGGUUUGGCGUGCAGAAGGCACUCGAUCAUGACCCUGACAUUGCGUCAAAAUCGCUCAGGGAGCAGUUCGAGAAACUACUCCUUCAACCGCUGCUCGAUCUUGACCAACUCGGCCGACAACCUCAACCCGUUGUGAUAGUGAUCGACGCUUUGGACGAAUGCGAAUAUGAUCAAGAUGUCCGAAACAUCCUUCGAUUACUGCCUCUUCUACAGAAGGUAAAAUCGGUUCGUCUUCGGAUUUUCUUGACUAGCAGACCCGAACUCCCAAUCGGUCUCGGCUUUUCAGAGAUCGCGGAUCAUUCGUAUCAAGACCUAGCUCUUCAUGAGAUACCCGAAAAAGUGACAGAACGUGACAUACGUUUAUUCCUGCAGGGCCGAUUUGCGAAAAUCAAACACAACAGAAAUAUUUCCCAAGAUUGGCCCGGCGAUGACGUCGUCCAAAAAUUGGUCACGAUGUCCGUUCCACUAUUUAUUUCGGCUGCCACUGUGUGCCGUUAUAUCGAAAAUGCAAAGUGGGAACCUAAAUUGCGCCUCGCAGAGCUUCUAACGGACCAAGCUAAAUAUGUAUCGAAAAUGGAUAAGACAUACCUGCCAAUUCUGACACGACUGCUGGACGAUCAAGAGAGUGAUAAAUCGGAGCAGCAGCAGCUCCUGCAAGAGUUCCAGGACAUAGUCGGUGUCAUCAUCCUUCUCGUUGAUCCGCUUUCUAUCAAUGCCCUGUCACUGUUUCUUGGGAUAGGAGCAGACCAGAUCAGCAACCGAUUGGAUUCAUUCCGCUCUGUUUUGAGCAUUCCCGGUGACCGAGCUCAGCCUGUUAGGAUUCUACAUCUAUCGUUUCGGGAAUUUUUGGUCCGGUCUAGCAGCAAAUUUUCCGUGGAUGAGCGAAGAAAGCACAAUGAAAUUGCUCACUGCUGUCUCAAAACCAUGCAAAGUUAUCUACGGAAAGAUAUCUGUAAUCUCGCAAAUCCUGGAGCGUGUAGGGCAGACAUCAACCCCCAAAAUAUCCGCCAAUAUCUAUCGCCGGAAUUACAGUACUCUUGUCGCUACUGGGUACACCACCUCGAGCAAAGUCAGGAUCUAUCUUCCGGGAUAGAUGAUGUGCUACUGUUUCUCCAGAAGCACUUCCUGCACUGGCUGGAGGCGAUGAGUCUAUUAGGUCUUAUAUCGGAGGUGGUGGGUAUGCUUAAUCUCCUCCACACGGUUAUACCAGGCGAUGAUAAUUCUGGAAUAUCGGAUUUUCUGUAUGAUGGAACGCGCUUUGUUCUGAAAAAUCGCCAGAUAGCCGACGAAGCACCACUUCAGAUUUAUUGCGCAGGGCUAGUGUUUGCACCUCGAACGACAAUAAUUCGUAGAGAGUUCAAAUUGGAGCUUCCAAGUUGGGUAUGCCAGUUCCCACAAGUUGAGGAAAAAUGGGGUGCAGAAUUACAGCAUCUCGAGGGCCAUUCGCACUGGGUCAACUCGGUGGUCUUCUCGCGCGACGGCCGUCUGCUGGCGUCCGGCUCUUGGGAUAACACCGUGCGGCUCUGGGACACGGCGACGGGCGGCCUACAGCAGACUCUCAAGGGCCAUUUAGGCUCGGUUAAAUCGGUAGCCUUCUCGCCCGAUGGCCGGCUGCUGGCGUCCAGCUCUGAUAACACCGUACGGCUCUGGGACACGGCAACGGGAGCCCUGCAGCAGACUCUCAAGGGCCAUCCGCACUGGGUUAAAUCGGUAGCCUUCUCGCCCGACGGCCGGCUGCUGACGUCCGGCUUUGAUAACACCAUGCGGCUCUGGGACACGGCGACGGGAGCCCUGCAAGAGACCUUGAACACUAACGGAAUCGUCAACGAUCUUGGGUUUUCUCAAGAGGGUUCAUAUCUAAUCACCAACUUAGGCACCCUCGAUGUUCAGUCCGGGCAGGAAAAUCUUGCUUCUAAUUCAAGCCUUAAGAAGCGGGCGAUCUUCAUUGACCAAGGACGGUGGAGGAGACAGAUGGAUCCUCAUCAACCAGGCCCUGGUGGGAACCAGAAACCUUUCAAAAUCAUCCCCAGCCCGUUCGCAGCCUCCCACCCCACCACCGAAUCCACCUCGCCGUCUAACCGAACCACCCCACAACGCAACGUGAAGCCCCUCUUUCGUAUCUCAACCACCUACUCGACCAUCGCAGCCAGAGCUAUCUCAUUUCAACGCCAGCUUCUCACUGGUAUCACGCCCCAUCAACUUGCCCAGAAUGGUCUCUACCACCAAGUCCGCGCUGGAGUGGGCGACACCGCUUGUUGCUUUACCUGUGAGAUCAUGGUCCCGCUGAAGGCCAUCCAGGGAAACCCCACCGGCGAUUUAUCGAAAAUACACAAAGAAGACUGCUUAUGGCAGGUUAUCUGCCACGACCUUAAACCAUUCCUACCAUCUCCAUCUAAUCAUGCCGGUACGCCCUCUUCCGCAACCCGAUCUACUCAAAUCACCGCCCCCGAAUCCAACAUUCGACCGGAACCUCACCCAGCACCAACUGCUCCUACACCCGUGAACCAAGCGGAAACCGAUCUCGAGUCUCCUGCGGAGUCGUCACCCGCCAGAUUCGAGACAGAACCGUUAGCACCGCGACCAGCCACCUGUCCUCCACAACCCAUCCAACCAACCCCGACAACUUCCUCUCCACCCAAAUGCCAACAACGCACCUACGCCUCUGUUCUCCAGCAACCUACUAGAUCUUCACCGCCACCGACGACUAGACCGCAACCCACACCUCCUAACCCCACACUUACAAUCGAAGAACUUCGUCGCCGUUUCCACAACAAACCGUCGCCAUUUGAGCUUGAGAAACGAAAAAAGAAACGCCCAAAGACCGUAUCUGCCGCCCAGUCGUUGUCCAGCGCAACUAGGGUCAUGCUAGCCCGGGUGGUUUAA